AACUGCGGUACAUGUUAUCCAUAAUAUCCUGAUCUUGGCUUGCGGUGUUAUACCUCAAAGUUGUGCACGCUCAAUUACCUGUACGAUUACGACUGAACAAUUGUGGUAUGACAAGCUCAAUCAAGGCACCAAAACCCAACAACUGCAUUCGACAAACCGCGCACGCAUGCAUCGUUUGUUAUGAUUUUUAAAAGUCAAUUGUGAGACACCGUGCUUCGAAUCACAACGAAAUUGAAGAAUCUGAAGCAAUUACAGCUGAUUUACCUUCCACGAUGACUGAUUCAUCCGGCAGCGAGCAGUUUACAGGAAAACGCAUCUUGGUUACCGGAGCUAGCCGAGGGAUCGGUAAGGGAAUUGCGCUCAAGCUCGCCAGUUUAGGAGCGGAUGUGUUUGCUGUGGGGACAUCCGCCGAGCAUUUGCAGAAGCUUCAACAAGAGAAUUCCCGAAUACAUCCCAUCCAAGUGAAUCUUUCCGACUGGGACGCCACCCGUCGCGCUGUCGAGGCGGUUCUGCCGAUCGACCUGCUGGUCAACAAUGCCGCCACAUUUGUCCACGAAUCGUUCCUUCAAAUUACUGAACAGGGCUACGAAAGACAAAUGGGAGUUAAUUUGAAAGCCGUUAUUAAUGUGUCCCAGAUUGUUGCCAAGUCGUUAAUUGACCGGAAGAUACCAGGAUCAAUCGUCAAUGUAUCCAGUAUCUGUGCACAAGUAGCGCUACACGAUGAAACCGUGUACUGUGCUUCCAAAGCGGCGCUGGACGCGGUGACACGCAGCAUGGCGCUGGAGCUGGGGCCACAUAAAAUCCGUGUUAACUCGAUACUCCCGAACUUAAUCUUGACGGACAUGGCGAUGGAGGCCGGCUAUACAGAUCCUACCACCGCGAAGCCCUUCUUAGACCGCACCCCGUUGGGGCGACUAGGCGAUGUGGACGACUGUGUCAAUGCGGUGGUGUUCCUUUUAUCAGACCGGUCGAAAUUCAUCACCGGUGUGCAUCUACCGAUCGACGGCGGUUUUCUGGCUACUUAACAAUGGCUAUUGCUGUCAUAAUAUACCAGCAAGAACUUGCUAUAGGUAGAAGGACUGGGAACCGACUGUGCAACGGUCGACUACGUCAUCACUGUCGCAUACAGAAUGCACUGCUGUGCUAUUGCUUACCAUAGGUCCACAGAUUUUCUUGUCCUUUGUAAAAUAUAUUCUCAGUUCCUUUCUCCUCUGAAGCUUUCUGAUAUUUUAACAGAUCAUAUUGAAUUUAGAAACCCAAACAUGAGGGGCUAGAAAUAGAAGAGAAAAGGAAUAUGGUGAGAAAACUGACAAAAACGGUGAAAAUCGCGCAUCUGUCGCCAUGUCAGCCGCCCUCCCGUGUAUGCGAGAGUGAUGACGUUCAAACGGUAGGUUACCAGUCCUUCUCACACUAUAGUAAGUAUUUGAUACCAGUAAUGCUAUGAAAGGCGGGAAAACAAUAGGAAUCUAUAUGGUUCGUUAGAUCCGGCACGGUACAUAUGUAAGUGCCAUUUUCAGCUACUACGUAAGUACGUAUAUGUAACCUUAGGUACUAUGUACGUCACACUCCAGCUGGCUGACACCAUCGGUACAAGGGAACCAUAUAUCUGAUUUGAUUUUCCCCUUUUUAAUCUGUACACCAUUCACAUAUCGAGCGGAUGAUUUACGCGAUUCAGCAAAACAAACCCAGGCAUUCGGUUUGCGUCAAGGAAACUUUGCAUGCAACAAUCAUAAUUCAUAGUGAAUAAAUAGUUCAGUUUUAUAUAUAGUAGGUAAAUAUGGAUGUUCAACAGCAGUAUUUCUAUAACAACUAACAAAUGUACUUAAUAAAUUGAUAAGAAUGCA